ACAUAAUUGUUUCCAAUCUUCGACUGAUAGUGAUGCCAGUUUUUGUCAGCGAAAACCGGUCUGAAAUCACGAUUUCAAAGUUUGCUAUAUCAGCGGUGGAGUUUUUAGUUUUGAAUUGACAUCCAGCUAUGAACGCAUUUGUCUUUUUGUGGUCGAUUAUAGGUCUUAGCGUUGGCACAGGUGUCUAUCGGCGAACGCCGUGCAACGUGAUUUGUCCGGACUAUUACGAACCUUAUUGCGGUUCGGAUGGAAUCACAUAUUCCAAUCUCUGUGCAUUCAAUGUAGCACGUUGUCGUAAUCCUUCGUUAGGCCACACAUACGGUGCCUGCUACACUGGUAAAAGGGCGAGCAUCAACGCAUGUCCUGCAAUCAUGUGCAUUGACCUGUACGACCCGGUUUGUGGGACGGACGGCAAGACGUACAGCAACCAAUGCUACCUGCACGCUGCCCAUUGCCAUGGGGACGUAACAAUGGCGCAUACUGGAACAUGUGACGAUGAGCUUUUGGAGAGCUAGGCGGUUGUCAAAUCCCGGAAACAUUCUGGCGCAUUUAAAUAUUACUAAUAAAUUAGAUUUGUC